AUGGAUCAAGGUUCGGAGAACACUAUCAGCAGAUGGCAUCCAAUGAAUCUUCUCUUCAACUUCGUGGCGACUGAGGGACCGAAGCCUGGUUUUCAAAUGUAUCAGAAACAUUUUGACGCAAUUGUGGCUAUCAUGAUUGGGAUGAUGCGAAUAAUGAACUUUUCGAUCAUAGACAGUAUGGACAUCAGUUCUGACUUUGACUUCUUCGAGAAGCAUCCUCCGUUGCUCGUUCAUCACCAGUCACACGUCAUAGAGGAGGAGGUCGCAAAAGAAGCUCUGGAGUUCGAGUUGGCGGACUACGAGCUAAAACAGCGAGUUCUGAAGCUGAUUCUAAAGCUGAAACUGCAGCUACAGCUAGCUGGAACGGAGGAAAUACAAGCUCACUCAGCAACUUCCUGGAAUAAGCUCACUCAACAUGCCAGGUUCAAUGAGACAACAACAACUAUCCCAACAAGGAACAAAUCAGUCAAUGCACCAACAACUUCCCCUGCGAACACUGCAAAUGAUUUGACUUGGCUUCCUGUGCCAACUUGCGAGCAACCCAUGUAUGCAACACCAAGUCCUGGUCCAUUGAAUCCUGUGACUCAACGUGCUUCUGCUACAAUUUCUGCCGAAGAUGACAAAAAUAUCUUUCACGAGCAUUUGUACGCCUGA